CAUAGAGAUAGAUAAGAAAUAUCAACUAUAGCUAGACAAUGUUAAUGAUAUUCUCUAAUAUCAUGAGAAAACUAGAAUUCAAGUCCACUAUUUUUAUCUUCCUAUUUAUAAUAUAUGGAGUAAUUUCAACUCCUCCAGCAGAUCCAAUUCAAUGUUCAUCAAAUAAUACAAACUGCACCAUCACCAAUUCAAAUGGCGUGUUCCCCGAUCGAAGCAUUUGCAGAGCUAGCGAGGUUAUGUACCCAACCACUGAGGCGGAGCUUAUAUCAAUAGUCGCGUUAGCUUCAAAAAACAACAGAAAAGUGAAAGUUGCAACGCGCUUCUCUCACAGCAUACCAAAACUAGCUUGUCCCGAUGAUAAUGGACUUCUAAUAAGCACAAAAAAUCUCAACCGUGUGUUGAAAGUCGAUGUCAAAUUGUUGAGAAUGACGGUAGAGAGCGGUGUAACAUUGAGAGAGAUAAUCAGUGAGGCUGCAAGGUUUGAAAUGGCUCUGCCAAAUACACCAUAUUGGUGGGGUUUAACCAUUGGUGGCCUAAUUAGCACUGGUGCACAUGGAAGUACAUUGUGGGGUAAAGGAAGUGCUGUUCAUGAGUAUGUAACACAUAUUAGAAUAGUUAGCCCUGCAGGAUGUGAAGAUGGAUAUGCUAAGGUUCGAAAUCUUAAUGAAUCUCAUCAAGAUCUUAAUGCAGCCAGAGUUUCUUUAGGGGUUCUUGGAGUUAUUUCUCAGGUUACCUUACAAUUGGAACCCCUCUUCAAACGAUCUCUUACGUAUUUGACAAAAAACGAUUCUGAUUUGGGUGAUGAAUUGAUCACUUUUGGUAAAAAGCAUGAAUUUGCCGAUGUAACAUGGUAUCCAAGUCAACAAAAGGUUCUUUAUAGAAUUGAUGAUCGUGUCUCUUCUGUAAAUACAUUUGGAAAUGGUUUAUAUGAUUCCAUUGGUCUUCGCUCAACACCUUCGUCCACAUUAACACUUUCUAGAACUACAGAGGAGCUUCAAGAAGCAACCCACGAUACUAACGGAAAGUGCAUUAAUGGAAAGUUGACCACUGAAACAUUGGCAGGCAUUGCUUAUGGAUUGUCUAAUAACAAUGGAACAUUUAUUGGAUACCCCGUUGUUGGAUUCAACAACCGAAUACAGUCAUCAGGGACAUGUCUGGAUAGUUUGGAUGAUCAGAUGAGCACAGCGUGUAUAUGGGACUCAAGAAUUAAGGGACCAUUCAAUUACGAUACAGCAUUUAGUAUUCCCUUAUCUAUUGUAAAAUACUUCAUUGAAGAUGUUAAAAAGCUUGUUCAGUUGGAGCCAAAGGCAUUGUGUGGCUUAGACUUGUACAAUGGAAUCCUCAUGCGUUAUGUUACAACUUCUAGUGCAUACUUGGGAAAAACAGAAGAUGCUGUGGAAUUUGACAUCAUAUAUUACCGCAGUAAAGAUCCAUUGACUCCUAGGCUUUAUGAAGAUAUAAUUGAAGAGAUAGAACAAAUAGGAUUGUUCAAAUAUGGAGGGUUACCCCAUUGGGGAAAAAAUAGAAAUAUAGGAUUUGUGGGGGCAAUAAAAAAAUAUAAUAAGGCAAAUAGGUUUUUGAAGGUUAAAAAGAAAUAUGACCCGAAGAGACUUUUCUCUAGUGAUUGGACAGACCAAGUGCUUGGACUUAAAGAAGGGGUGACAAUAUUAAAAGAUGGAUGUGCAUUGGAAGGGUUGUGUAUAUGCUCAAAAGAUAGUCAUUGUUCACCAAAAAAGAACUACUUCUGCAGACCAGGCAGAAUCUAUAAGGAUGCAAGGGUUUGUAGGCUUCAUGUUAAAACUUAAGAAGAAAAAUCAUGUUAUAUAUUGUGCUAUUUGUUUCCAAAAAUAAUAAUUCUCAAUUGUUAAAGAGUAAAUUGAUUUUCCCUUUCAUGAGAUAAAUUUGUUUUUAAUGUACCACUUUACUUUGAUGUGAGUUUCAAUGUACCAUACUUUGAUAUAAAUUAGAUCAAGAUCUAUUGCCACCA